CUUCUUUUUAGGAAGCACUGAAAUUGCACAACCCAAUGGGUCCUGAGCCCUCACCGAAGCCCUCCACCAGCCCACCCUCUUCCCUCAGCUCUCCAGGUAGGAGACCACCAAAAUCUCCCUCAGAGCACAAGGAGCGCAAGCCCUCCUCAUCCGAUGACAAAAAGAAAGUGCACCGAGGGGGCAACAGAGACUCAAGUUACUACUGGGAGGUCCACUCUCGAGAAGUGAACAUUCAGAAGAGAAUAGGUGCUGGCUCCUUUGGGACUGUCUUCAAGGGGAAAUGGCAUGGAGACGUUGCAAUCAAGAUCCUCAAAGUCACUGAGCCAACGCCUGAACAGUUACAGGCUUUCAAAAAUGAAAUGCAGGUCUUACGGAAGACACGCCACGUCAACAUCCUGCUGUUCAUGGGAUACAUGACUAAGCCCAACUUUGCCAUCAUCACACAGUGGUGUGAAGGCAGCAGCCUGUACCGCCAUCUGCAUGUCUCGGACACCAAGUUUGAAACUAUGCGGCGCAUUGAUGUGGCCAGACAGACAGCACAGGGCAUGGAUUACCUUCACGCGAAGAACAUAAUCCAUCGAGAUCUGAAAUCAAAUAGUAUCCUUCUUAUUUUCAAAUGUCAGCUUUUGACUGCCAGUUAAGAACUGUGUGUGAGACAGGUCUGUGUAGGUGUUUGAGCUUACACCACUGUUGACUCCAACAAUCAACACUAUGGCC